AUGAGUCGCUCACGGGUCCACGCGCCCGUGCGCCCUGCUUUACGUGCGCCCACGCGCUCCUGCGCCGUGCGUUCCGUGCACCCACACGCACGUGGGUAUGUGGGCAACAAGGCGGCGGUCUUCCCCCUGCAACUGCUGGGCUUCGAUGUGGACCCAAUCAACUCCGUGCAGCUCUCCAACCACACUGGGUACCCCACGUGGAAGGGGCAGAUUCUGGAUGGAGAGCAGCUGUGGGCGCUAAUAGAGGGCCUGGAGGCCAAUGGGCUGCUCUUCUACACGCACCUGCUCACCGGUGGGUUCCAGAAGUAUCCUCACGACUUGGCUAGAGCAGCGGAGCUAGCAGUGGCAUCCCUACAGGUUGUGCUCGCACGAACCUUGCAGCACCGCUCUCCACCUCUGGACGGCACCGAGUCCUCUCCCACUCCCCCCACUCCCAAGCGCCUGGAGCUCUGCCUCGUUCAGAGCCGCGAUGAUAUUAUAAGCCCGCCUGUUGUGUUACGUGCACAAGCGGUUGAAAGCGGUGUAGAUGGUUUAGAUGGAUUGCAAGAUGGUGAAAGUGCCUUGCGCGUGACGCGGACCGUACUUGUCUCCCGCCGAGUAGCCAUGGAGGACGCAGAGGCGCGCCGCUCUCGCCUGCGCAGCAUGCGCGAGUCCGCGGCGAAGCAGCAGGCGGCGUCCCCCGGCGCGCCCACGCCUUCCGCCGCCCUCUCCGCACUCCCCUCCCCCGACUUCUCUCCGCCGCUUAUCCGCACGCAUCUGCGUGUGCGCCAUCCGGGGAAGGCGGACCUGGGGGAGGUAGAUCUGCUAGACGGCCAGCAGGAGCAGCCACCACAGGCUCGGGGAAUUUCUCACAGGCCUCAUGUAAAUAUCUUCAAAGCUCUAGCGUGUUUGUCUUAA